AGAAUCAAAAAUGGCGGCAACAACUGGGCGAUUUAUCCGUUAUCUUAUACCUGUUUUGAAAAGACAAAAUAAAGUGUUUGGAGUGUUUUACUCGACAGAUAAAGACGGUAUUGGUGACGAAGAUAAUCUUGAUAGCAAUUAUUAUUCAAGUUUCACAUCAAAUGAUCCCUUUCAUUGUGCAUCUAAAGAGGCCUUUCCUAAAGAAGUUUCAAAAAUAUUGAUGGCCCCCAUCAAUAACGAUGACAUUGAAAUAAAGCCAGAUGGUCUUCUUUAUUUGCCUGAGAUAAAGUAUCGAAGGAUUCUUAAUGAAUCAUUUGGUCCUGGUGGUUGGGCAUUGCUACCAAGAGGAGAAUCAUUACAGUUCCAGAAUGAGAGGGAUAAGAGUCAGUUGAUUACACGUGAAUAUGCACUUUUCUGCUGUGGUCGAUAUGUGUCUCAGUCAGUUGGGGAACACACCUUUUACGGUCAAGGGAAUAUGGUGUAUGGUAAGGCAAUGGAAGCAGCUAAGUCCAAUGCUCUGGUACGAUGUUGCAAAGAUUUGGGGAUAGCUAGUGAACUUUGGGAUCCCAAGUUUGUUUCGGAUUGGAAAGAAAAGUUUGCUACUUCUGUUUGGUGCGAGCAUUCCAUCACUGCAGAAAAACGAAAAUUAUGGCAUCGAAGUGAUCGUGAACCUGCAAAAAUCUUUUCAUACCCCUGGAAAUUAAUGGCAAGCUCGUCGAGAUGACAUCAUAUAUUAGAGUGCAAAAGUGACGCCAUUUAUCGUAUUGCAAGAGUGACGUCAUUUAUAGUAUGUCAAGAGUGACAAUAAUCUAUUCUGAAAGCUCACUCACACUCACGCUCAAUAAGUGGAGCUUCAAAAUCACUUCAUAAUUAAUCGAAGAACCUGAUUUAACUCAACUGAUUGCUUGAUUUGAAUUAUCUUGAAGAAAAUCUUGUCAUAGAUGGAGAAAUGACUUUCUCGAUGAUUAGAUAGAGUUUAAAAUUUAUGUCGCACGCAAUGAGUGUGAGUGUCAGUGAGCUUUUAGAAUACGGACGAUAGACCUCCCCUUUUAAAAUGUUAGGGAAUGAACAAAUUAUUUUUCGUUGUUGAGUUUGAACGAUACAAGACUAGUUAUUUUGUUUGAGCUAAAUAUGUAGAGAGGACCUCAUUUAUGGUUUAUGAUAAAUUAUCUUCGAAUACGGAA